AGCGACAGCAGCGACAGCAGCGACAGCAGCGACAGCAGCGAUGUCGGAACGGAAAGUGUUGAACAAAUAUUACCCCCCGGACUUCGACCCAGCGAAGAUCCCGAAGCUCAAACUCCCCAAGGACCGUCAGUACGUGGUGAGGCUGAUGGCCCCCUUCAACAUGAGGUGCAAGACCUGUGGGGAGUACAUCUACAAGGGGAAGAAGUUCAACGCCCGGAAGGAGACGGUGCAGAACGAGGUGUACCUGGGGCUGCCCAUCUUCCGCUUCUACAUCAAGUGCACCCGCUGCCUGGCUGAGAUCACCUUCAAGACAGACCCCGAGAACACGGAUUACACCAUGGAACACGGAGCCACUCGCAACUUCCAGGCAGAGAAGCUGCUGGAGGAAGAGGAGAAGAGGCUGCAGAAGGAGAGGGAGGAGGAAGAGCUCAACAACCCCAUGAAGGUCCUGGAGAACAGAACCAAAGACUCCAAGCUGGAGAUGGAGGUUCUGGAGAACCUGCAGGAGCUGAAGGAGCUCAACCAGCGCCAGGCCAACGUGGACUUCGAGGCCAUGCUGAAGCAGUACAAGGAGUAUGAGGAGGAGCAGAGAAGGAGGGAGCAGGAGGAGGAUGAGCAGGAGAUGAAGUGAGUGGGUUGGGAAUUCUGGGAGUGGGAUCAGCCAG